GUUAAAAGCAGAAGGAAUGACAAGGGUGUGAUUGUGUAGCAUAGCGUAGCGUGGGACACAGGUGUUCAUAUCUGCACUACAGAGAGAACUUACUUUUUACAGCAAGUCACAGAAGCUUCUGUGGAGGUGAAAUUACAAAAUGAGCAGAUACACGCCACAAAUUCGUAAGAGCACCAGCCCCAGCCAGGCCAUCGAGGACACCAAGAAGAGGACCUCUCUCCUGAAAGACAGCAGCUGGAUCAGAAAGAACGACGACGAGGACGAAGCUGUCGACCGUGAUCCAAACUUUGGCAAAUCUAUUCUGGGUCGAUACAAAUCAAAUGAGAGUCUAACAAGUCAAGAGCCUGAAGAAACAAAAUCCACCAGCACUCGAACCUCAACAACAUCCGUGCAAGCUCUCACCAAGAGGUUCGGUGGUAGUCACGAUGACUUGAAGAGCAGCAGCACCCUUCCUUCCAGCAAAACUACAUCCUCCUACACCAAAAGCACAUAUUCAACUCUGAAGCCAGAUUCUCCCACUACGACCACCACAUCCAAAACCACCAUCAUAAAGGAGCCGAAGACGAGCACCACGACCACCACGGUCACCAAGGACGGCAAAACCACCGAGACCACCACCACCACCACCACCCAGAGUGUUCGCUCUUCUGUGACUAAAAGUCCCACCAAGACCGAGACGUUCACUGAGCGGGUCAAGUCUUCAAGCAAAGGGCCCCAGUACACCUCCUACUCCCCGACCAGAACCACCCAAGUGACAGAGAAGACUGUUUCUAGCACUAAAGAACCAGAGGACAAACUUUUCGACACACUCAUCCCCUCAUCUGUCAAGGAGGAGUAUUCACCCAAAGACAGCAAAACUACCGUCACCACAACUGAGACCGUGAUCAUGAAAAGCAGCUCCGACACAAAGGCUGAGAAGGACCUCUUUGAUAGUCUCCUUCCCAAGUCAGUCAAGGACGAUGUCAAAGAGAGCAAAACUACUGAGACUGUGACAGUGAAAACCAGCAGUGAUGGGAAUGGUAUUAAAACCACUACCACAACUAGGACUGCCUCCACGGCUGAGGAUGACCUUUAUGACACACUCCUGCCCAAAUCAAUCACAUCUGGGCUCUCUUCUCCUGUCAGUUCCAGCAUCACAAGGAGAGAGGUCGUCACCGUGGAGAGCAGCAGAGGAGGAGAAAGCCCAACUCUGACAUCCCCAACCUCCACCCGCCGCAGCAUCACCAGCUACAGCUCCUAUGAUGAUCUCCCCUCCACCCGCACCACCUCCUACUCCGUCAGCACCAAGCCCAGUGACAACUACAGCAGCGAACGCAAAUCCUACUCCUACUCCAGACCAGACUCCAGCUAUGAGUACACCAGUAUCACCAGCCCCUCUUCAUACACCAGUAUCACCAGUCCCACCACCUACACCACAACAUCAUACAGGACCAGCAGCAGGUCCGAUGAGAAUCUGUCAGAUCCCAUCUACUCAAAAUCCUCCACAAGGAACGUCUAUGCAUCUUCUGAGAGGAUCGUGCAUGAGAAAGACCUGUGCACCGUCUGCCGUAAGCCUUUCACUGGUGAUGCCAAGAUGGUCCUGGAUGACAUGAAGAUCAACUGCCAUGCUUCCUGCUUCAAGUGCGAUGUGUGUAACAGCACUCUGGGUAAUCUGAAAGCUGGCGACAGCAUGUGGAUCUACAAACGCAUGGUUCACUGUGAGAACUGCUUCGACACCACCAGAGAAAAAUGGCGACGCUGAGCCUCCAUGAAUAAAAAAAAAAAAAAGUUUGUUUUUCAGUUUACUUUGGGGGACUUGGGUUCUCAUCAUUAUAACAAGCAGACAGACCUUUAGCUGGGUGUUUUGAUGAAUGGUAGUUAGAUUAAGGAUGCUACUUUUUUUAACAGUUUGUAUUAACUUUUGGAGCUGUGCUGUUGUGAUAUUGCUGCCUCUAUAUCGACCCCUUUACAACACAUCACUUCUUAUAUUCUCUUAAGUCUGCAGCUUCUUAGGGGAACUCUUAUGUUUUACAUUUUAGGAAAUAUUGCAAUAUUGAGGGCCGGGGGCUUUUUCUUUGUGCAAUAAAGGCAAUUCAAGUAUGUAAAAAAUAAAUAUCUUCCAGUUA